CCCCCAUCACCCCCCCCCCAAAACUAGAGUAGCGGCCGUUCCCAGUAAGCAAACCCCCGUCAGCCCGUCAUCCCAGGCACGUUCCCAAAGCUUCUUCCCCCCCAUCCUAUCCCAUCCCCUGCCAAAUUCACCAAAAAAAAAGAAGGGGGGGAAUAGAUAGUAGCCCACACCCAGACGAGACCGAGCCAACCCCAGAAAAGCGAAAGCGCGCCCGCGCCUUUAUUAUUAUCAUCAUCAUCCCCCCCCAUCUCCAUCUCUAUCCCAACCCAAACCGACACUCACACCAAACACACACGAAUCAUCAACAGCUUCACGACCAUCCCUUUUCGCCCUCGCUGCUGCUUGCUGCUCCCGCUCGCAAAUCCCCAGGUCGCACCCAUCACCAAUGUUGGCCACCGCCAGCACAUCGCAGUUGCGAUCUCGAACCACCCACCGUCACUGCGCCGCCGCGUAGUAGACCGAAAUAUCUACCCCGACCACCACAAUCACACACACAAACCGCGCAACGAUGUGGCGUCGCGCAUACCUGCUGCUGGCGCUGGUGCGCCUAUACUUUGCGCUGUCGCCCAGCUAUCUGCAUCCCGAUGAGAACUUUCAGGGGCCCGAAGUCAUCGCUGGCCAGAUAUUCAGCUACCCCGUCAAACUGACCUGGGAAUUCACAUCCGAAAACCCGAUUCGAAGCGUCUUCCCCCUCUGGCCUGUCUAUGGCCUGCCUAUGCUGCUGCUGAAGUGGAUAUGGAUUGGUAAUGGACAGGGUGGGGAGGUGACGCCCGCGGUGGUCUUCUGGACGCUGCGCGUGCUCAUGUUCCUGCUGAGUUUCGUGCUGGAGGACUGGGCUAUCCAUGAGCUGGUUGGGAAGCCAAGGCAUAGGAGUUUAGUGAUACUACUGGUCGCAUCGUCGUAUGUGACGUGGACGUUCCAGGCGCAUACGUUCUCGAAUUCGUUGGAGACGAUUUUGGUGGCGUGGAGUCUGGUGCUGAUACAGAGGAUUGUGGAUGAUAAGCAGCGGACAUCUCCUUUCGCAUCUGCGUUGUUGGCUUUCUUGGUCGUCUUUGGAUUCUUCAAUCGGAUCACAUUUCCCGCAUUUCUGUUCAUCCCCGCGUUUCGUUUGAUACCCCAUUUCGCGCGGAAACCCCUCUCCCUCCUUUUCAUGGUCAUCUCCGGCCUCUGGACCCUCUUCUUCGCCAUCGCCAUCGACACCGAAUUCUACGCCCGCACCCACCCCGUCACCUGGUCCACCCUCUUCACCCACCCCAUCAUCACCCCCCUCAACAAUCUCCGCUACAACCUGGCCACCUCCAACCUCGCCCUGCACGGCCUACACCCGCGCUACACUCACCUCCUCUUCAACCUCCCGCAGCUCCUCGGCCCGGCAUUCCUGCUGCUCUUCUUCCGCCCCCACGCGUCGUUACGCUUAUACUCCGCCAUCUCAGGAAUCCUCGUCCUGUCGAUAUUGCAGCACCAGGAAGCGCGCUUCCUCAUCCCCACCAUCCCCCUAAUCCUCUCCUCCAUCCGCCUGCCAGCGAAGAAAUCCCACCUCAAGAUCUUCGCCGCCGCCUGGCUGGUAUUCAACAUCAUCUUCGGCGUGCUAAUGGGCUCCUACCACCAAGGCGGCGUAGUCCCAACACAAUUCCACCUCGCCAACAUGGAAGACGCCACACACGCUCUGUGGUGGAAAACUUACUCCCCCCCCGUCUGGCUACUAAACGGGAAAAACGAAGUCCUCACCACACACGACCUGAUGGGCAUGCCUGGUGCCAAGAUGAUCGAGGAGCUGCGCGCGCUGGCGACGUGUAGCUCCCCCUCAUCAUCUGCGAACUCUAAAUCGUCGGGGAAUAAUAAUAACAAUGCGACGGGGACGUACCUCGUUGCGCCGUUGUCGGCGAGUUACUUAUCAGAGUAUAUUGCUGAGAAUAAUGGGACGAAGGGGGCCCUGAGGUUCGAGGAGGUCUGGAGGUAUAGGAUGCAUCUUAACCUUGAUGAUUUGGAUUUCGGGGAUGAUGGGGUCUGGCCGACGCUCAAGAGGGUGGUGGGGAGGAGGGGCUUGGCGACGUGGAGGGUUAGUAGGGAUUGCUCUUCCUCCUCGGGGUGGAGGAGUUGAGCUGGGUGGUGGGUUGACCUUGGCGGUUGCUGUGCGAGCGAGCGUGCGCUGAUAUCUCAUCUCAUCUCAUCACCAUUUUUUCAGCGCGUUCGUAUUGUCACUGCGAGGUUCGAGCGCUCAUUUCGAGGAGAGGGGACUACAGCCAGGUGUAGAGAAACUGGUCGAGGGGGAGGGGGAGGCGCGUAUUGGAGUACAGCACAAUACGGGAUGUGAGACCAGACCAUAUAUAUUUGGGUACACCGCGUCAGAGCCGGGGGUUGGCCGGUGUCGUAGCACGCAUGGCUACGUUAAACAGCUGCUGCUGCACCGCGCAUUGCAUGCAUGUUAUGUAUGCGGGUGAGCGAGCGGUGACACGGAGAUAUAUAAUGGUUCCGUGAUAAUUAGAUUUUUUAAUACGAUGGGGGAU